AUGGAGACGUGGAUGAGCUGGGCCAUGUUCCUGGCCAUUGGCGCCGCAGCCUACUGGUACUAUGUGCACCAAAACAACGAUGCCGUUGCACGGGGACGAUCGACAGCGGGCAAGUCGACCACCAGCUCGUUAAAGGAGGCGGUCAACUGGGACGCUGAAAGCAAGCCCAAGCAAAAGGCCCAAAAGGCCAAGGCUCCUCGCAAGUCGGCGAAGGCUCCCGCUCAGGACGACAAAGCCAAGGCUCCCGCCCCCAAGGCCGCCCCUGCACCCGUAGAGGACGUCUCGCCACCUGCCGCCGCCGCCAUCAGCAAGGCUCCCAGCGGCAAGGACGUCUCCGACAUGCUGGGCGAACGCGCCGCCUCUCCCUCGGUCAUGACCAUCAAGCCGUCUGAAAAGCCCGCCAAGUCGGCCAAGGGCCAGACUUCAAAGGCCGAGGCUGCGCAGGAGACCAAGAAGCAGCGCCAGAACAGGAAGAAGGCCGAAGAGGCCAAGGCUGCGCGCGAGGAGGAGGAGAAGCAGCGCAAGGCUCUCGAGGAGAAGCAGCGACGCACAGCCCGUGAGGCCCGUGGCGAGCCGGCCAAGAACGGUCUGCAGCAGAGCAGGCCUCCUGCGGAGAACCCUUGGACUGAGGUCCCCUCUCGCGGUGCAGUGCAGCCUCCCAAGUCGGCUCCUACCGGUCAGCUUCUCGACACUUUCGAGGCUCCUGCUCCUGCUCCUGCUCCUGCUUCUGCCCCUGCUUCUGCCCCUGCCCCCAAGGCUGCUACCAACGGCAAGAGCACGACUUCUGCCUCUUACAACAACCUGCCCUCUGAGGAGGAGCAGCUCAGGCUGGCCAUGGAGGACUCGGCUUGGACCACUGUUCCCAAGGGAGGCAAGGCCAAGCGCAAGACGGUCAACGAGGAGGUUGCCGAGGAGCGUGACGACGUUAGCACUACCAAGGCGGCUCAGCCCGUGAAGGCCGUCCGACCGACGGAAACUCUCCGGGAGAAGAACCCCAGCUCUCGCUACCAGAUUCUCGCCGAGGAGUUCAACCCCAAGACUGGCGACGAGAUUGACGACUGGGCCGUCAUGUGA